AUGGUACACUUAUUAUUCGGAGGAGCCAAACCACAGAAUCACAAAGCAUGUCGGAUUUAUUUGGAGCACCUCGAUGGUUCGUACAAGUGCGAUUUCAUCGUUUUUCAACAAGAAGUUAUUUGUCACAGCACUCCCAAAUCAAACAAUAAGCCGUGGAAGGAGGCGCUUAGACAGAAUAAGGUACAAUUAUCUGAUGAUGGAGAAGGUGACGAACCUAUCACAGUAUUAAUAGGAGUAGAUAUUGCCGGAAGGUUGUUCACCGGGAAGUUACUUCAGUUAGAUAACAAUAUAACGGCUAUUGAGACGAAACUUGGUUGGACAUUAAUGGGUAGAAAUUUAAUCGACAAAAACAAAGAAGAUACAACUUUGAUGAUUGUGUCUAUGAUGACAGAAAAUGCCAGUGUAUCGGACCUAUGGAAACUGGAUGCUCUAGGAAUUACAGAUCCUAUAGAAAGUAAAACUAAGGAAGCACGUCAAGCGGAAGUGAAAACUUUGUUUCGAGAUACAACUAAGAUUGACGAUGAAGGACGUUAUAGAGUUUUAUUGCCUUGGAAAAUGAAUCAUCCAAUAUUGCAAGACAACAGAGAAGUAGCUGAAAAGAGACUACGAUCAAUUACGAAGAAACUGCGUCAGGAGAACUUACACGAAGAUUACGAAACAGUCUUCAAUGACUGGCUUUCUGAAGGCAUUAUUGAAAAGAUACCAGAAAGUAAAAUUGAAAAGAAAAGUUAUUAUCUUCCACAUAGGCAUGUUGUUAAAGAAGGAAAUACGACCAGAAUUAGACCCGUUUUCGAUGCUUCAGCGAAAACGAAAGACUCCCCAUCGUUGAAUCAAUGUUUAGAAACGGGUCUUAACCUACUUGAGCUUAUUCCGGCCAUGUUGCAUCGUUUCCGAGAGAGAAAGAUAGGAGUAUCAGCAGACAUCGCAAAAGCCUUUCUUCAGAUAAGUAUCACUCAGUCUGAUACAGAUGUACUAAGGUUUCUAUGGUGGGAUACUCAAGGAAACAUUAUAACAUAUAGACAUCGUAGAGUUGUCUUUGGCGUAUCAAGUAGCCCUUUUUUAUUAGCAGCAACUAUUGAGCUACAUAUUGAGCGAAGUUCCAAUGCUACCAGUUCUACAUCUAGAGAAGUUAUCUGUAAAAAACUAGAAAAGUCAUUUUAUGUGGAUGAUUGUGUCACAAGCGUUGAUUCAGAAACUGAUUUGCAAACUUUUCAAAAGGAAGCUGUUUCUCUAAUGAGUGAAGCGAAAUUCGAUUUGAGAAAAUGGACGUACUCUGGUAUGAAGAGCCAAUAUAGACAGACUACAGUACUCGGCCUUCUAUGGGACACUGAAAAAGAUACUUUGGCAUUGUCAGGAUUCCCACUGAACACAAUACCAGAGAAAAUUACGAAAAGGAUUGUACUUUCAUCGACGUGUAAAGUGUUUGACCCCUUAGGAAUUAUGUCCUGUGAUACUCAAACCGAAAUUAAUGUUACGACGUUUAUGGGAUCAACACUUAGACUGGGACACAAAAAUAGAUCAAGAUAA